AGAGAAGUCAACACCUUCAGUUGGUUCCUCUGAGUUUUGUCUGAAGAGUGUUGUUGAGAGAGAGAGUGUGUGUUGGGGAGAAAAGGAGGGUGACAAAGAGAAUUAAAAAGAGGAACAUUAAAGUGACUUUGACCGGUUGGGCUUCCUCAUUGUCUCUCAUUCACCAGAGGAAGGUAUAUUAACACAUCCUCUUAAAGUCUUCAUCAAGCGUGUGAACAGCUUUAGAAGAAAACAUGGUAAAAGGUCAGGAAUCCCAUCCUAGAAUGGAUGCACCUCCGUACCCUGGCCCCCCACUGAGCACUAACUAUGGGUUCAUGCAUCCCCCGCCUACUGCUCAACAACCUAUGUCCCAGUAUGUCCCACAGCAGCCUUACACCGUACAGCCUGUGAACCUGGUGGUACAGGACCUACCCAUGGAUUAUCCUGGACGGAUGAGGUGUCCUGAUUGCCGAAGGAUUGUUCUUACUGAAGUCUCGUACAUAAAUGGAGCAUGCACAUGGCUGACUUGUUUCUUAAUAGGAUUUUUCCUGUGCUGGCCUUGCUGUUGUAUCCCCUUCUGCUCGAAAGGUCUUAAGGACGUGGAACACUCCUGCCCUCAAUGUCAGAAAGUCCUGCAUCGUUACAAACGAGGGAUGUAGACCUGCUCAGCAAGAGGAAAGAUUCAGCCAUGACCAGGGGCACGGCAUGGAUGAGAAAAGUCAGUUAUGACUCCGGGGGCCCGUGACUGACAGGGACCAUAGAGGAUAUCAGAACAAUACGUUAUGUCAUAUCACAUAAAAUGUUAGCGCUAUAUGCCUCUUCUGUAGGAUACAUAACAUUGAACAUUUUACCGUACGAUCACUCCCUUUACUGUUUUUAUCACUCUCGUAACUUUACAGUGAACUGGUAAAUCAGUUGUUGACCUUUCAAAAUAAAGCCUGUUGAAUCAAAACAGGAAAUAAAUCAACCUAGGCAUAAGACAGUAAAAAAAAAAGCAAAAUAAAAGCAUUUCAAAUAAAAGCUGCAUGAAGUAAUCUAUUCUCUAAAGCUUUAACACAAGUUUAUACAAAUCAUAUUUUCAUAUUUUUCACAGAAUUCCUUGUUUUUGUUGUUUCAGCAGAUAUUUAAUUAUCGUAGACAGAACUGAUUAUAAAAAGUCGCCUUUCAAUAUUUACUCAUACAUUUAAUUCUUCUGUUGCAUCCGUUUAUAAAAUAUUGCAAAUUCAUUAAAAUCAAGAGUAAGUGUAUAUAUUUAUAUUUUCUGUCAGAUAAUUUUCCUUUAAAAAUGAAGUUAAAAAAAUGACAUUCGUACUGAAAAAUGACCUUCAGCACAUUUAAAAAAAAAAAUCUGUCCUGCAGGGAAUAAUCCAUUUUCAAAGAGUACAUUUCACUGAAUGCAGAAAAUGUCAUCUGUGUUUACACCUUGUAAUAGUUUAAGGGUUAGUGUGGUUGUAAUUUGAUAUUCUUUUUACAGGGCCCAAAAUCCCUGUAGGUUUCUCUGACCAGGACUAAUCAAACAUCUGUACAGGAGACAAACCUUUCUAUGCCAAGACAUCAGAUGUCAACAUACCUGCUAGUCAUACUUUAGAGAGAGAUGUGCUGAAACGUAAUUUUUCUUAACAUAUUUUUUAUAUUGAUGUUCUUUGAGUUACAUCUAUGUAACAGUGUAAUAUAGUG